AAGCGGUUCAGUCGUCGUCUAGUUCUUACGCACGUACGCGUGUACUAAAGCAACAGAGAUGCUAGAACUUAAGGCUUCUUCCACAAGAUUCUUCAGACAUAGCGUGUAUUAUAAAAUAUUAAUGCAUGGAUGUGCAGUUAUAGUGUUCAUGUCUUUGGGGCUUGCUAUAACGCGUUGUGUCACGAAACAUUACGAUGAUGGACAAGUUAUAGAAGCAAAUUCCAAAUUGUCCAAGACAAAAUCUGCCUCGUGCUGGACGCCUGGUUGCUUACAGACAGCCACAGACCUUUUGAGCUCUAUCAACCCUACUGUGGAUCCAUGUAAAGAUUUCUAUCAGUACGCAUGUGGCAAAUGGAUCGAACACAAUAAUCUAAGCAAAUCGUUUAACUCACUUCAUAUGACGUGGAAUCGAUUUAGUGAGCUUGAAGAUGAAAAUGAGAAAUUUCUACAUGAUGUGAUCAAGAGCAAAGAAAAACGAAAGAAAUACGCUAAGGUACAAGCAGUGAACAAGGCCUUCAAAUACUUUGAAUCAUGUGUGGAUGAAGAAACAAAGAACCGCCGUGGAAGUAAGCCUCUAAAGCAUCUUUUAAGAAAGUACAACCUUGACUGUCUGAUUACAAGAACAUGUGACCUCGAUAACAUUGACAUCACCAAUACAGCCGCCAAACUGACCAAGGAGCUGAAAAUCUAUCCAUUCGUGUCAGCCAGUGUGGAGACGGAUCUGAGGAAUGGCAGUCAGUAUGUGAUAUCUUUUCAGCGAUCAAUUGGUUUUGGUAUUCCUACCAGAGUGUUAUUGCAAAACACAACAGAAAAUCAAAGAAGGAAGGACCUCUAUAAAGAUAAGAUGAGAAAUAUGAGUGUUCUGGUUGGUGCGCAAGUCACUCCAGACCUGCAGCGGGACCUGGAAGACAUCAUAGAAAUGAAAACCAGAUAUGCGAAGCAAAUUAAGUUAUACUACCAGUUCGACAAGGACAAACUUUAUAAAAAGAUCACUUUACGAGAACUUGAAAAUAUCACCAGGACUUCCAAGAUAGACUGGGUGCAAUAUAUUCGAAGAGUUUUUGCGGACGCCAAUGUGAACAUGACAAAUGAUUAUGAAAUUGUAGUUUACGAUGUUGAUUACAUGAGAAAUGUAUCACUAUUUACAAGCUCGCUGAAUAAAAGGUCCCUGAUCAACUAUUUCACGUGGCUGGUCAUCGACAAAGCGGCAUUUUAUUUGAACAAAGAUUUUGAAGAGGUUCUUCGACAGUAUUACACUCAGUCUGAUGGGAUGUACAAUAAACAGGCCAUUGAAAAAGUUUGUUUUUUUCAAUUGAAACUUCAGUUUGGGAUGGCCCUGGGAAGGGUGUUCGUUGAUGAGAGAUUCAGUGGUGACAGCAAGAAAGUGGUCAAAGAAAUCGUUAAAAACUUUCGCAUCACCUUAAUGYGUAGCAUGAAGAAUAUACAUUGGAUGGAGGAAAAAUCCAAAUUAGCUGCUAUCGAUAAGGCCAAAAACAUCAUACAAACAAUAGGAUUUCCAGACUUUAUACUAGACGACUCAAAACUGGAUCAAUAUUAUGAAGAUAUAAGGAUUGAUGAACGCACAUAUUUUGAGAAUGUAUUUUCAGUACUGGCAGGUUCUUUCAGAAGAAAUGUAAUGAGACUUGGUACCACACUUGAUAAGGCAGAAUGGGACUUCGCACCAAUUAAUAUCAAUGCCUUUUACACCCCUGUGUCUAACAAAAUUGUUUUUCCUGCUGGUAUCUUACAGCCUCCAUUUUACAACAAAUACUAUUUAAGAGCUGCUAGCUAUGGAGCUAUUGGAACAGUGAUAGGGCAUGAAAUAAUACAUGGAUUUGACAACCAAGGAAGCAAAUAUGACAAGCACGGUAACUUUGUGGCCUGGUGGACGAAGAAGACUAGAGAAGCGUUCAAUCAGAAAAUCAAGUGCUUGAUCGAACAGUACAGUAACUUAACAUUUUAUGGAUAUGAAGUGGAUGGCCUAUCCUCUCUUUCGGAGAAUAUAGCUGAUAAUGCAGGUGUUAAGUACGCUUUACAGGCAUAUAACGACUGGACGAGAAAGAAUGGGGAAGAAAUUCCGCUUCACGCCACCAUGUUGACAAAUACCCAAGUGUUUUUUAUCAGCUUUGCACAGAUCUGGUGCGAAAGCUUCACACCAAGAGGCAGAUUAUAUUCGUUAUUUGGAAUCCAUGCACCAGCACCAAUAAGGGUUAACGCGACUCUUCAAAACAUACCAGAGUUUGCAGAAGCCUUCGGUUGUCCCUUGGGUUCUCCCAUGAAUCCAGAGCACAAAUGCAGAAUUUGGUUGACCAGAGCCUUACUACAAACAGGUGACCCACAUCUGUUAUGAUUAAUAGACAAAAGGUAAUAUUGAUGGAUCAAAAGCUUUGUUAACCAAUCAGAAAGUGGAUAAUUGAUAUGGGCCUAAUUAUUCAGAUCAUACUGUUGUGUUGCUAUCAAGCGACAUACCAUCGUUGAAAGACUUCAAACGUAGCUUUCUGCUUUCGAAACGAGCCUGGAUUUUUGGCGAGCAUUACAAGAAGAAGCAUUAUGGCUUUCAAUGGAAUUUUCCCAGCUUUUAUUUCGUUUCUUAUUUUGUUUCUAAAUAUCAAUGAGUACAAGAGUUGCCUUGCAAAAGCUGAAACUAAACAUGAAAAUGAAGGAGAGGAUGAAUUAACUAACGUCUGGGCAGUAGAACUCGACACAAACGACGAAGAAGUCGCAAAAGAGGUUGCACGAAGCUACGGCUACGAUUAUGGCGGGCGAAUCGGGUCUUUACCGAUGCAUUUUAAGUUCAUAAAGAGAGAUGAGGACCCUGUUGACUCUAUUUUGAAAGGAGAACAAGAAGAUGACGAAAGUGAAUCUGAUAAACACGAGGACAAGCGUAUGCUGGAGAAACAUCCAAGAGUAAAGUGGGUUCAACAACAACGAACCCUGAUACGCGAGAAGCAAGGAAAUCUCCCGUGAACAUGGAAGAAAAAGAAGGAAAAACGAAAGCUGUUUCCUGUAAAGGCUAAGAGAACUUUAAGUUCGUUUUUUCAUUUGGCAUGCGCCAUAACAUCAGCUAGAUUAAUCUAUUGUUUUGAAUUACAAAACAGUUCAAAACAUGUCAGAUCUAUGAAUAAAGUUCAAAACAAAUGCUACAUGGACACUAAGUUCAUUCUGCACGUUUUGUGAUCAAAACUAGCUACUUUUAAAACACCAAUAAGAUAAAAACAGAUGCUGUUGAUUUAGUGCAGAAAAAAAUAAGGUAAGCCUAAAAACAUAUUUACAAUCAACACAAUAAAAAGACAGCAAUUUAUAAUAAUAUUCAUGAGCAAAGGAUCAACAAUGCCAAAGAUUCACAUACCAAAAUAUAUCUGUAACGUAAAUAUUUAGUAUUUUAAUAUAUAAAAAAAAAAGAGAAAAAUAUAAUGAUUAUCUAUAUGGAACUGAAGUAAAACUCAUUGCUUUUUAUCACAUAAAAUUUCGAUGCAAUCAUGAAUAUUAAUGCUGAUGAACACUUUAAUUUGUUUAAUAAUCGUUUCAAAAUAUAUUGAAGCAUAAUAGACCCCAAUUAUAUUCUUAUAUAGAAGUAUUAUAUGUAGAAAAUAUUUAUUGGACGUGAUGCAACGAAUGAUGCGUUCUUGGAUUUUGCCCAUAUUUGUUUGUUUCCUUUUUUUCUGUGCACAUUUCAAUGUUUUAAAUGUUUUAAAUACAAAAAUUCCAAAAAGAGUUAUUAAAGGUUUUAGCCGGUUUUGUUGCA